UUCAAAUCAGUUAACGAGGUUAUAUUAUUAGUUAUAUUGUUUUUUUCUUUUUUUUUAUGACAAUUAUAUAUUUUUCAUUCAUAAUAUCGCUUGGCACUUGCUCCUGCUCAAUUCCAGUGCUCAGUGUUCAGUUUAUUGUUGUCCUCAGCACAAUAUAUCUCUAUGUACAGUGAUACCAAGAACAAUUACUUGGAGUUCAAUACAAAUAAUAAUAAUAAUAAUAAUAAUAAUAAUAACACUUAUUAUUUAUUUAGUACCUCCAUCAAUCAGUACAAAGAUCAACAAAUGCUGAGAAUUCAAGUUCAAGGCGACAGCAGACACUAAAUUUAAAUAUUCAAAAAAUUUAUCAUCUUUAAGGACAUUUUUCCUAGAAGAUUUAAAAAAAAAAAAUAAACUAAUGACAGUUGUCAGUGAAAUGUUUGUGUUUACGCGGUCAUUACUCUGAAAAUAAUCAGCAAAUAAUAAAAAUUAAAAAAAAAACGCAGCACUUUCACAUUUAAAUUUAAAUAAUAAUUGAAGUUACUAUUUAAUGUCUUUAAUUAACCCGAGGUUAUCGUGUGUAAAGUGAUGAACACCACAGCCGCUGCGUCUCUUCCUUCAGGAGCAGCAAAUUAACUCAGACAAUUUUAAAAUUUUUGUUAAUUUCGAUGAUGUUGAGUAAAUUACCACAAGAAUUCCGUCGGUAUCAACGCAAUCGUAAUCAAUUGCGGCAUAUUUUCAAGGAAACCCAACGCACUUUAGACGUUAUCAAUCAUGAAAACUUUUUUCCUGAAGAAAAUAUUAUUGAUGAGUUAUUACCCUCCUUAACUCUGGAGCGGCUGACUCAUAUUCUUGAUAAUCACCCGGCAAUAGUGAUAUUGGGACAAGAUUCCAAGUCGAAAGCUGCUUUGGUGAAUCGUUUGUUGGCGCGAGAUAUCCUGCCAGUAACUGAUGGAUCAUGGCGGUGGAUUAAAUUUAGUUAUGGUCAGAUGAAUAACGUCAGUCUGACACUGGGAUUGGAGUACGAAGUCGUGGACGGAAGUCAGGCUGCGGAAAAAUCUUGGGAGACAUUGACAGCUGAAGAUUUAAACAGAUCCUGCAAUGAGGAUUUGAAUUGCCCGACGGUAUUGGACGUCAAGUUGGACAGAGCGGUCCUCAAAGACGGUCUCCAGAUAUUUGUGGUACCCGAUAUCGCGGCAAUAAGGACACUGGCUAAAGGAGCGCUGGGUAUUUUGCCAAUUUUUUUGUACGCACUGGGCGAUUACCCGUUGACGGAAUUAAAUACUGAGGAGUUGAGAGAAUUGAAAGAAACUUAUCCGUAUAACCCGGUACUGUUUGUUUCUUCGUUGGCUAACGUUGUGAUUGACGGAGUCGAAGGUGAUCUGACCGAGUCGGAGCAACAUCGUCUGCAAAGUCAAACUGAAAGUAACGUAGUAAAUGUCAAAAAUGAUGACAUGAAUGAUAAAAAAGAAGAAGACGGAUUUAAUUUAGAGAAAAUGAAUUCUUUGGGUCGAACUUGGCUCGACCAAUUAGGAGGCCUGGGUUUUUUACGCGUCGAAGACCCGGUGGAAGUUGAUCAAAUGACUUGGCUAGUCAGCAGCGAGUAUGUGAGUGCCAGCGACUUUGUCGAUUCUUACAAAAAAAUCGACCGAGUCCUUCACUUUACACGCAGCUGCCUUCAAACCUACCUCGUUAACGCGAGUAAUUACUUGACUGAAAUUCAAACAAAUUCUCUACGUAAAUUUAUUCUCAGUGCCUUUGAUAUGGCGCGCGAAAUUCAAAUAACUCCCCGUAGAAUUCAGUACGCUCAGCAAAAAGAAAAUGAGUUGUAUGCAAGUUUGAUGAACGUCGUUAAUAAAAAUCAAGACGAACUCGCGGUAUUGAUCCAUAAUAUCAUUCAAGAAAUGAAACAGGAUUUGUCGGCAUCGAGAAAUGAUUCUUAUCAGUACCAAAACAAUAAUUUGAAUGACAAUGAGCAGGGAUCUUAUGAUGAAUCUCGUCGCGAGUGGUGUGCGACUGUACGUACAGCAACGACAGAAGUUCAGAGAUUAGUGUUCAGACGUCUGAGUGAGAAAGUAGCACGACAACUAGUUACGUCUGUUAAUUGUUUGAGGGAAACUUUUGUCGGUACACUGCAGCGCUGCUUGCUUGAGUUGGAAAAAAGUUACGACUCAAAUAAUCAUCAUGACGCAAAUUUACUGGCGAGCGACGCACUGAAACAGAUAUUAUCUGCGGCUUAUAAUGUUGAGUUGCAUAACUCGUCGCCGUCGUUGGUACACUCGUUUAUUGAACGUCUGAGACAACUGUUCAAGUCAAUACCACUGCCAUGGUCACCGACCCCGACGUUAGAUGAAACCUGGCGCAAACGGGUGACAAUAGACGUACUAAAUUCAUUGUGCGCUGGUAGAUUAGCGCGCACUAUCUCGACACAAUUUCGUGAUAAAAUAAAAGCUUCGCAUGAUGCAUUUCACGCGGCGUUGAGAUCCCUGGAAAAUCAUUACUCGGGUAAAUUGGAGCGGACUGAAGAACAGAGAGUUGCGAUACGUAAAAUACACGCGCCUAGACUUGCUAAGCUCGCGCUGGAGGCAACGUCGAUGAGCGACUUGGUAAGAUAUGGGAUCCCGCAUCAGGGAAAAGAAAUUGGACGAGGUCAGUACGGGGUCGUGUUUGCUUGCGAUGCUUGGGCAGGUGCACCAGGUCCCUGUGCAGUUAAAUCCGUGGUGCCGCCUGAUGAAAGACACUGGAAUGACCUGGCAAUGGAGUUUUAUUAUACGAGAUCAAUUCCGGAUCAUAAGAGAAUUGUUAAAUUGCGCGGUUCGAUUAUCGAUUACAGUUAUGGCGGCGGUGGCUGUGGAGCGGGAGCUGCUGUCUUACUGAUAACUGACCGCAUGACCCGUGAUUUGUACUGCGGGAUACGGGCUGGGCUGCCCUGGAUUACGAGGAUACAGAUCGCUAUCGAUGUGCUCGAGGGGAUUCGUUAUCUACACUCUCAAGGGCUUGUCCAUCGGGAUAUUAAGCUGAAGAAUGUCCUGCUGGACACGGAAAAUCGUGCUAAAUUAACAGAUCUUGGUUUUUGUAUAACUGAGGCCAUGAUGAGCGGAAGUGUCGUCGGAACUCCUGUUCAUAUGGCCCCGGAGUUACUCUCUGGGCACUACGACAGCAGCGUUGAUGUCUACGCAUUUGGUAUUUUAUUUUGGUACAUCUGUGCUGGACACACCAAGAUGCCAUUUGCCUUCGAGCAAUUCCAUAACAAAGAACAGCUUUGGACUAGUGUUCGCAAAGGUUUACGUCCAGAAAGGCUGGCGAGCUUCGACGACGAGUGCUGGGAACUAAUGGAGCAGUGCUGGGCUGGCGAACCGUCCCGACGUCCACUUCUAGGCGCGAUCCUCCCAGUCCUGGAGCUGAUACGCGACAAAGCAGACUUAGGCAAGUUGACGGCUGAACCCGACGCAACCAAACAGCACAGCUCGUCCUCGUCCUCGUCCUCGAUGAGGAAUCCUGCUUUAGCACUCGCUGAACCCAACAAUCAAAGAGGAACUAUGUCAAGUCCUCUUCUAAAACGUAGACCUCUCCGUCCUCUAAAAUAUCCUACUCUCCAUAUGACUAAUUUAUUUCACACUAGUGUCUGCUCGAAUCUCUACGUGCAAAUGCGCGAAUUUUAAUUAUUAUUUAUUAAGACUGCUUUGUUGGUAUUUAGUCUACAAGACUGUUUAUCUUUCAAUGAAAAAUUUAUUUAAUUGAUAAUCCCUGGUAGCCAAGUUGACCGCAACUUGUUGACAAUUCACUGCCGUAACCUGUCGCCGUUGACCGUAAAAAUUGACAACUUUCAGCUUCUGUAACUUUUGCCUACAAGUUUAUCAGAAAGUUGACGUCAAGUUGAUCACAACUUCUGUACAUCAAUUUUCUGAUCAGAAACUCUGGCUAUCAGGGAACUUGUAAGAUAAUUUUCUAAAGCUUUAAAUUUUCUAUUUUCCUUAAUAUAUUUAUUUAUUUUUUUUUUUUUUUUUUUCCAAAGAAAUUAUCAACCCAUUUAAUUUAAAUUCUUAAGUUAUUGUCACAACUAUUUAAAUACAAAGUGCGUUUCUGAUUAAUUUAUAAAAUAACUCGUGAUAAAAUAGAAUAAAAUUAGAACCCGUAGAUAGCGUAGUAAAUAUUGUCCGCAUUUGUACUCUAUCUUAGCUAUUAAUUUAAAUUACUUGGCACUUUUUGUUAACAUAAAUUUAUUUAAAUGCUACCACUACUGCUACUAUUUUUACUACUACUUCUACUCUAUUAUUGAAAGUGAUAGCACUU